UCAUUCCCAUCGUUUCCAUUCUCAAUUUUCCGAACGAGAUUUCCGCUGAACUCACGAGAUUAUUGGUGAACUCACGAGAGGAAGGAAGGAAAACUUUGUGACCCAGACCUCGCCGAGGUCGAAUGCUAAGGACGAGAUGUGUAAAUAUUCCACGUGCUGCCGUGAAGAAAACAAGGACAUUUUCAGGCUGGACCAGGAUUAAUAUUUUCAGGAAGAGGGGAAAAAAAUACCGCUGGUGAUGUGAGAAAGUUCCCCGAACUGCGUUGUGAUGUUGUAGUUGUGUCCCUGUGGAUUCCACCAUCCCUACAUGACCAGUGUCGCUUAAUACAUCAAACAGACUGAUGAGGCAGCACACAGAAUUAUGACAAACGAGAGCAAUACCGACACUGGAGGUGAUCAUCAUUCUGCUGCUGGUAACACACAGAGGAACAGUGACAGAGAUGAAACCUGGACUGCCUCUCAAGAAGCCCUGCAGGCUGGCAUCUCCAGAGAUGACACCUUGGAACCUCUUACAUGGCCUGAUGAUCGGAUGGAAUCAGAAGAAAGACGUACUGAAGUUACAGAAGACAAUCAAGAUGACACAUACGUCACAGAAGUGAUAGGGGACUCAGCAAGUAUCAUGAAGAAAGACUACAGAGCCUCUCAGAGAAUGCAUUGGACAUCCAGGGCAAGGUAGAAGCAGGUCUUAGCAUGGGUCCAUCACAUAUUUACCUCCGUAGGCGACGACCUGCAAAGUAUAAAGAGUCUCUCAAAAUGCUUCUUCCUGUGAGAGGCAAGAGCCCGAAGGAUAUACUGCCACUUUCAUCCGUUGGAUGUCUGAACUUCAUGACCUUUGGGUGGGUCACACCUAUCAUGAUCAAGGUAUAUCGCAAUGGAGUUGAUUAUGUAAAAACUCUGCAAUUGUCUCAAGAGGACAGUGCUGAAACAAGUGCCAUGAGGCUAGAAAGGCUGUGGAGAGAAGAACUGGAGGCUAAAGGUCCUGAAAAAGCAUCUUUCAAGCGGGUGAUGAUUCGUUGCAAUUAGGACACGUCUGCUUUGCACAUUUUUCUUCCUUUCACUUUUUGUGCUCUUCAGUAUGCUAAAUCCAAUGUUUUUGAUACGCUCAUUUCUUGAAUACCUUGCCAGGGGAAAUUUGGACUUAAAAGUUGGCUUCUACUACGUAGUAGGAAUACUGUGUUGUGAACUGCUGCGAGCUGGAUCUAUUUCAAUGGCUUGGAUGAACAACUACAAGACUGGUGUCAGGGAGCGAGCUAGUGCAAUGACACUUUUAUUUGCAAAAAUUACUCGUCUAAAAGGGAUGAAGAACAAAACUGUUGGAGAGCUGGUCAACAUGGUGGGAAAUGAUGGGCAGCGCAUCUUUGAUGCCAUAGUUAUUGGACCACUGGUGUUGACUGGGCCUUUAGCAAUGACGGCCGGCUGUAUAUACUCAGUCUAUUACCUUGGCCCAUGGGCGCUUGUGGGUUGUGCUGUGUUUGUCAGCUUUUACCCUUUUUCUACUUUCAUAUCAAGACUUACAACCUUCUUCCGAAGAAAAGGGAUUUCUAUUACAGAUAGACGAGUGCGGAUGAUGAACGAGCUGCUGUCCUGUAUCAAGCUAAUCAAAAUGUAUGCAUGGGAAAAACCUUUUGCCAGGAAAAUAGCAGAGAUUCGACUAGAGGAGCAGAAGGUUCUGGAGAAGAGUGCUAUUGUACAAAGUAUCAGCACAGGAGUAGCUAUUAUGGUGCCUGUGAUAGCUUCCUCCCUCACUUUCAUUGCCAUGGUCUCUGCUGACAACGAUCUGACUGCAGCUCAAGCUUUUACCUUUGUGGCACUUCUCAACUCAAUGCGGUUUGUCCUCGGAGUUUUGCCCUAUGGAGUGAAGUCCUUGGCUGAAGUCUCAGUUACUCUGAAAAGAUACCAGUCAGUGCUGUUGAUGGAGGAGAUGCAGCCUCUCAGGGAUGUAACAACAAAAGACAACAUAGCAAUUGAGGUCAAAGAUGCUACUUUGUCAUGGGGAGUAGGGGAUGAUACACCUUAUUCCACUAUAGGGUCUACUUCUGAAGCUGCUUCUGUGACCAAAAAUGAUGAGAACAAAAGCUCAAAGCAAAAGAAUGAUGAAAAGCGAAAGAUGCUUAGCACCGAAGAAAAGAAUGUUUUGAUGGUAAACAAGUCUGGAGAACACGAAGCAACUCUUCGCAACAUCACUUUCUCACUUGAGAAGGGUAGAGUACUGGGUGUGUGUGGCAGUGUUGGCAGUGGCAAGAGUUCCCUCAUCAGUGCAGUUUUAGGUCGGAUGGAACAAAUUUCAGGUUCUGUUGCUGCAGGGAGCAUUGCUUAUGUUUCACAGCAGCCCUGGAUUAUAAAUGACACAGCUAGAGAAAACAUACUGUUUGGCUUCCCAUACAAUGAGGAAAGAUAUAACAGUAUAGUUGAAGCAUGUGCCUUGAAACAAGACUUUGAAACUUUUGUUUCUGGAGAUUUAACAGAAAUUGGAGAGAGGGGCAUCAACCUUAGUGGAGGACAAAAACAACGGAUCAGUUUGGCUCGAGCCGUGUACAGUGACAGUGAUGUGUAUCUUUUAGAUGACCCAUUGUCAGCAGUGGACAUUCAUGUUGGCCGACACAUUUUUUCACAAUGUAUAAUGAAAGCUUUGAAGGGUAAAACUGUCCUCUUCGUCACUCAUCAGUUACAGUAUUUAAAUCAGUGUGACAGUAUACUGUUCCUCAAAGAUGGUCGCAUCUUGGAGCAAGGAAACCAUUCAGAACUUAUGGCCCAGAAUGGAGAGUAUGCUGGGCUGAUGCAGAUCUAUUAUUCAGAGCAAGGGAGCCAUGUCACCAAAGAGGGUGUAACUGAUGAAAAAGUUGAGACAGUUUCCUGUCCACGGUCUCCUGGGAUAGACCAAAUAUUUUCGACAAUCAGCAUUGCAUCAGGAAGGUUGGAGCGAAUAGUUUCAUCCUCUGGAAGCUGCCAAUCUGGUGUACAGGCUCAUGUUCUGCUAGAACGAGCUUUCAGCAUCAGUUCGGCUGCCAGCAAAACAUCAGAAAUUACUUCUGCAGAGAAAAAGGAAGAUGAUGGGAAACUGACCAUAACAGAAGAACCAAUGAAGGGUGCUGUGGAUAAAGCUGUGAUUCUAAGCUACAUAAAAGCUUCUGGUGGCUACUGUGUUGCCUUUGUAGUUCUUCUUGCCUUUUUCCUGACUGUUGCUUCCCAAAAUGCUGCUAACCUGUUUCUCACACAUUGGCUGAAUCAAGGAAGUGGGAACACUUCCAUUACUGUUGACAACCAGACAUUUGUAAGCCAAAGUAUUGCAGACCAUCCUGAGAAGUCCAUGUUCACUCUGUUGUAUGGCAUGAUUAUUGUUGUAAUGGUCGUUUUGCUUCUUGUCCGAGCCUAUAUCUUCAUGAAGGCCACUUUGAGAGCGUCCAGUCGUCUUCACGAUGAAGUCUUUGAAAAAAUCUUGCGAUGCCCCAUGUCCUUCUUUGACAUGACACCACUGGGCAGAAUCAUUAAUAGAUUUUCAUCUGACAUUGAUGAAGUGGAUGUCCGGCUUCCAAUGAAUUCGGAAACCUUUAUUUCCAACAUCAUGCACGUCUUUUUCUCUCUGGCACUCAUCAGUUACGUUGCACCAUAUUUUUUAAUUGCUCUCCUGCCACUUCUUGUCAUUUUUGUCAUCAUCUACAAAAUUUUUUCCCGCAACAUGCGUGACUUGAAGAGGCUGGACAUGGUCCUACGAUCACCUCUUCUCAGUCAUGUCACAGCAACAGUGCAGGGCAUAUCUACUAUAUAUGCCUACAGGAAGACAGAUGAUUUUUUGAAAAAGUUUUGCAAGCUCUUAAAUGCCAACAGUGUACCUUUUGUUCUCUUCUUCAUCUCUAAUCGUUGGUUGGCCCUGCGCCUGGACAUUAUUAGUGCCAUGGUUACCAGUAUUACAGCUCUCAUCAUUGUUCUUACUUACAAGACUAUUACCCCAGCCAUGGCUGGACUGGCUCUAUCUUCAGCCCUCCAGAUGACUGGACUUUUUCAAUUCACCGUCCGCAUGGCUAUUGAAAGUGAGGCUCGCUUUACGUCUGUGCAGCGGAUACUUGAUUACUCAAAGACUAUUAAGCCUGAAGCACCACCAAUCAUUUUUGACAAGAGACCUCCGAUGGAUUGGCCCAGAUAUGGGGGUGUGAAGUUUAAGAAUGUUCAGAUGCGGUACAGAGACAAUCUUCCUCUUUGUUUGAAAGGAUUGACCUUCAAAAUCAAACCACAAGAAAAAAUUGGCAUUGUUGGCAGAUCUGGAGCAGGAAAAUCAUCACUAGGGGUGGUCUUGUUUCGUCUGGUGGAGAUGUCAGGGGGCAAAAUUACAAUCGAUGACAUCGACAUCAGUACCAUAGGUCUAGAGGAUCUUCGCUCCAAACUCUCCAUCAUUCCACAGGAUCCAGUGCUAUUUGUGGGAACCAUCCGAUAUAACCUUGACCCCUUUCAGCAGCACACGGAUGAGGAGCUUUGGUCAUGCCUGGAGAAGUGCCAUAUGAAGGAAAUGAUUGCAUGCCUCGACCAGCAAUUGGAGUCUCCAGUACUUGAAAAUGGAGAAAAUUUUUCUGUAGGAGAGAGACAGCUGCUUUGCAUGGCAAGGGCUCUCUUGCGACACAGCAAGAUUUUAAUGCUUGAUGAAGCAACUGCAGCGAUUGACACAGAGACAGAUGCCCUGGUGCAAGCAACUCUAAAAGAGGCAUUUGGGGACUGCACCAUGCUGAUCAUUGCACACCGCCUCAACACUGUCCUUUCAUGUGACAAGAUCCUGGUCAUUGCAGAUGGCAAGGUUGCUGAAUAUGAUCGUCCGUCUACUUUAAUGGAAAACCCAGACUCAUUGUUCCAGAACAUGCUGCGAGCAACAGAAGGGACUGAAUUGGGUUACAGAUGAGACUAGACAUUAAAAUUGUCUGGCUGACGGCAUGACAAUUCACUGAUUAUCCAUGACAAUGAAACUGAUUGUCGACCAAAGAUGCCAUAUAGUUGCGGUCAUUUGUAGCAUUUCAGUGCAAGAUCUUGCCAAGUCACAAGUAUGUUUUUUUCAGUUUUUUUUCCUGUGGCUUCAUUCUUACAUUUGGGUUGGGGAGUUAAAUUAUGAAUUCUCCAUGAAUUAAGAUACAUCAUCUUGCAGCAAUAUAAUGUUUAGAUGUAAUAUUUAUUGUUGAUGAAACACAAGGUAUAAAACAAGUGGUCUGUGCCUAUGGUAUAUUGGCCCCUACUUUGCUAUGCAUUUUAAAAGAAUUUCUUUUACCCCAUGUAAAUGGACCUCUCUUGGUGGAUUCCAGAAGAGCAGUCUGUGCUAUGUGAGCAUCUGUGUUCAGUCACGAUAUCAGCAAAACUUUUUGUAACUGCAUGAGAACUGUCAUUCAGAAUCUCUAUGACCUCCACGUGAGAUAUAUGCUACAUUUAUUUAUCACAAACCACUCUGCCACAAUUAUUAAAGAGUGAAAAUGAAGUAUUGUUCAUUGUUGUUGAUCUGUGUAAUAUGUUUUUCCAUUAAUCUCACUUGUCAGUUGUUGAGUACUUUAAAUUGAUUUCGCUUUCCUGUGAUCUUUCUAGAGACUACUACUUUUUGACAUGCUGGCAAAUUCCCAGUCCUCUUAAACCAUCUUUUUUCUGUGACCAGGGUUUCACCUAUAAGACAUUAUGCUUUUAAUGAUCCCCUCUAAGGAUCUAUUAUUUUGUGCAUUUUGGAGGAUGUCCUUGAUGUGGUACCUACUGUACUUUUUUAUUGUUAAUAAUUUGUAUUUUUGUGACUUUUAACGAGUGAUAUUUUCUGUAACCUAAGGAAUUGCAGUUUGUUUUGAUUGGUAAUCAGUAUUUAAACCACUCAGUAACAAUGAGGAUGUGGCUGGCUCACUAGAGAAUCUUUCCUGUCACCCAUUAGAACCCGUGUUUUCAUGUGCCUUUCAGACAGCAACUGUAUGUAAAUUAUUGAGUGAUAUAUGUUUUGAGUCCCCAAUCAAGAGCUGUUGUUUUUUGGGUUUUUUUUUUUAAUCUUGGAACUGUUUGAGAAACUUGUGUUACCUCCUAGUAAGACUCGACAAGGCAGGUGAUGACAUUUCUAGGACAUUUCUUUAAUGCUUUUAGACAUGUUCUUAAACAUGAAGCCCAUUUAUAUUCCAAUAUUCUUUCAAAGAGGAUUUUCAUAUUUAAACGUGUCUCAUGCAUCACAGAAUUUGUAUAGAUGUUAUCAAUUUUUAGUCAUGUUUUUACAUUUAAAAAAAGUGUUUUGUAAUUUUAUAUCAUUAUAUAAGACAUUAGAAUGUGCAGUGGUAUGAACAUACUCUGCUAACCUUAGAAGUAUUUAUGUAUAAAUGAUAAUCAGUAGAUCAUCCUUUAUUAUUUAUGAUAGCUGACUGCAGUGUUUAUUUUCCCUUCUAUCUUUGUGUUUACAAAUUUAAGUGUUUUCAGCAUUUCUUUAAAAUUGUAAACACUUAUUCAGUAUAAAAAUAUCUCAUCACUAUUAUCUCCUCAAAACAUAAUAAUAGAUUUAACAGAUACCUUUAUAAAGUUCACAAUGAGUUUCCUGUAAUGAACUUUUCUUGUCAUGCUGAUUCAAGACAUCGCAGAAACAAAAAUCAUCAAGAAAAUCUAAUACCCUUGGAUGUUCUUAAAGAAAACCUUUUAAUAACUAUACAUGUAUUAAUAAUAAAUGACAGAAAUAAUUUCACCAGAAUAACAAAGACAUUUAAUCUCACCUCCUGUAUAUUCAAUCUUUUUAAUGAAAAUCAGUAAGAGAUUUUAGAAAAACGUUUUUGUUGUUUGCAUUUUUCACUUUUGGAACAUGAUUGAAGUCAUUGUAACUAAAAAAAAUUUAGAUUUUUCACAUUGCCAUUUUGUCAUUUUGUGGGAGGGUGGGGUGAAAGAGAAAAGGAAGUAAGAGAGUCCUUGUGUGUAUGUAGGAUGGACAGGGAGCUUGGGUUUGUUUGAAACUAUUUAUCUGUAAUGUGAUAAAAUUUGCUUGUGAUCUCUGACAUUUAAAAACAAUCAUUCCCUUAUAGCAAUAUUCUUUUACACAAAAUUUUUCUUUUACAAUUUAAAUACACAUGAAUGUCUUUUUACACUUAGGAUUUAUUUAUAUUUUUGCUUUUAUAAAGCCUACACACAAUGUGGCACUUGUAUUAGCUGUGUGGUGUUAAGGUUCUGAAGUUGUACAUAGAUCAGACAAGCUGUAGCUAUCACAGUUUUAACAUAAUCAUAUCAGCAGAGCUGUAGCUAUAGCAGCAAGUUUUUUUACAAACUUUCUUCAUAUGCCGACCCAUUUUAGGUUCUUUCUUGUUCAAGUUAUUUUCUUGCAGAUGUUAUUCUUUCAUAUUGUACCCUGACUAGACCACCUAAGCUUUCUUGGCAGUCCUUGCACCCUUCAUUAUAUCCAACGCUGCAUGAUGUCAGUAAUGUUUUCACCAUUCUGCUUUCUCUCAGAUGUAAAGAAAAUGAAACAUUGACAUACCAAUUGGUGGUAUAUUUUUAUUUGUGCAAAGACACACUUAGUAGUCAUGACGCAUGUUUUCUUUUCUUUAGUCAUAUGAGCUGGUCUCUUACAUUUUAUACUUUGAUUACAUGACUUGGUCUUUUGAUGGCCCUGGCUCAAUAAAGAGAAAUUGGUGAUCUAGAUCUAUUAAGCAAAUACAUUUUUAAUUAACCUCAGAAAGGGUUUUUUCUAGAUACACGUAAAUGAUCUUUGAUUAUGUGGUUUGUGUCUGAUGUUCAGAUUUUUUAGAGGGUGUUUUUGAAUGUACAUAGUGAAGUGGGGGAAGUUGAGAAACCAAACAGCUGGCAUUUGUGUUUUCUUCGAUAAAAAGAAAUGGUUCCUUUCAAUUGUUCACAAAAUGGGAAAAGGGACUCUUAAUUGCUUUUAAAUCUCUUUGAAAUAUGAAUAACUGUGUUGAGAUAAAGAAGUAAUUAUUUCUUGGAAAAGGUUCUCUAAUGACUAACAUUAUUUUGAAUACAGUUGAAGUUUUAUAAAGUGCUUCCAGUGUUUUCCAUUCAGAGAGAAAAUAUUUUAAUUAUGGUUAGACGUGAUAUGUAAUAAGAUCACAUGGAAAUUCGGAGCCUGCUAGAACAUUUUGUACACUGACACUCAUCAGUCCUUGGCAAGUGAUGGUUGGUACUCAUGUUUACUAUGCAAUGGUAGGUUAAUUGCAGUAAUACAUUCUAUUACUAUUUCACUGUUAAGACGGGUACAUUUGAAGCAGUUUUAGUUGAUGACCAUCAAACUAAAAGGACUUAGAAUACUGUUUCAAAUGGUGACAUUUCUUGACAGGAAUAGAUGGACGUAAAUUUUGGGGUGUAAAUUUCAUGUAUAUUCUCAGGCAUAUCCUUUUUUUGUAAAUUGAAGGUGCAUUUACUCACAGUGUUCAUAUUUGUAAAUAAGUUAUGAUCAUUUUAAAAGUUAAGAUUUUGAUAGGAGCCAAAUGAUUGUCACAACUAAGCCAUGCUAUCAUUAUCAAUCAACAUCAAAAGACAAGGAAAAUAGAUAUCAUGAAAUGUAAUGUCAUCAAGUAUGGGGUUAAAUGUUACCCUGAGAUUAUCUUUGGUGGACCUAGCCUUAGUGUUUGUCCAGCUAUAUUUGCAAAAACUGAAAACUUAUGAAAUGAAUAAAAUAAAAUAUAGCCUUACAUCUCAUCCGUGAUGCAGAAUUAAAUAGAAUGUUGUAGAAAAAAUAUGAAUGAAAGAAAUAGCAAAAAGAAAGAAAAAUCUAUUUGUGCCCGGUGGCUAGUGUUAAAAAUAAUACACACCUGGCAAACCACGGAGAUAUAUGUUUGCAAGAGAGACUAUACAUAAAGCUUUGGUUUUUGCGUGGCUUAUUAUAUAGUUGUUUUACAGCAGGGAUCCAACAGUUAGUAAAAUCAGCUUCUCUACCUUAAAACGUCAGAUUCAUAGCUUUCACUACAGACAUUGCCACAGCUACCCGAUAUUUCAAUUGCUUUAAUUAUUUCACUACAAAUCUACUGUUCAAAAAUGGUGUCUGCUGGGAACUGCAGCACUAUUAUUUAUAAUCAAAACAGUCAUAUUUUAUGAAAACAAUUGUGUAUUCUGCAAUGUGCAAUAUAGAAAUGCUUGGAUACAUACAUUCCACUGUGUAAUAUGAAAUAGUGCAGCUAACGGUAUUGAGUAUGAGACUUUUCCUAGCAAACAUUUGCUUUUGAUCAAGUGAUUUAUUUGUAAAUAAGUAAAGGUAAAUGUCAGAUUUUGUAUUAAUAGCAUGGAUUUAUCAUUAUGAAAUAGUAAUGUGGUCUUUACGAUAUGGUGAAAAUAGGGAAAAGUUGUCAAGGUCUUGAACGGUGUCUUGAUCAGUUGAUGCUGUUACAUUGUGGCCAAAGCUGUAAAGCAUACUUUCUGCUCAAUAUUUGUUUUUAACAUGAUAAAUUCAUUACAAAUUGGCUGCUAGAUAACUAGAUAACAUAUUAACUGUGUGAUAAGAUCUAACAGUUUUGGAUAAGAGAAGCCAUUAGCAUUACUUUGAGAUUCUGCCACCGGCUAGAGGUGAUUUUGUUGAAAAAUCUGUUCAAAUGGUCUUUUAAAAUCUCCACUGCACCAUUACAUUUCACUGGAAGAACAUUAAGCAUCAAGCCAUGAGAACAUACAAGUUAAAGCAUAAUCGGUGGGAUAUACGAUUUCAAGAAGAGCUAUGGUGUUGCUUUUAUUUCCCACCUAAAGAAAUACUAGAAAAUGUUAAAGUUCAUACAUACCUGCGAACUCCCUUCCUCCCCAACCCUACUCCUUCAGUACAUGCUGGCCUAGUUCCCUGUCCUUUGCACUAUGCAGUUUGCUUAUCACCCAGCAUAAACUGCCAUAUUGCAGGCAUUACUUUUCUCUAUAGACUGAGUUGGGUGCCUUCUCAAAAUAUUUGCAUAUUUAAACAUUCUUGAUGCUGGUCUUGUAUGGGUGAUUUUAGACUGUUUGAACUCAUGAUUUCUGAGCUAAGUCAUUGUUAAGAGCAAUAAUUCAGUCUGUUGUAGCCAGUCUUUUCUUUGUGCCAUUAUAUCAUUGCUACUAGCAGUAGUGAGACUAAACAUUGAUAAAAUUUUGGCACAAAAGUACUUAUGUAUGCUUGACAUAGUUUUAUUUGCACCACCACUAAAUAGAAAACCAGUCCACAAUGUACUACAUGGACUUGGUCUAAAGCUGCCAUAAGCUUCUGCUAAGGUGUAUACCAUGUAUGUAUAAAUGUAUGGGCUAUUUUUCUUUUCUUAUAGAGACAGAGUCUGUGUGUGUGAGUGUGUGAGGGUGUGCAUAUUUUCAAAAGCAAAAUAGCAUCUGAAGCAAUAACAUUAUUUGUGGGGAGGCAAACAGAGAGCAUCGUUUUUGGUUUUUUUUUUUGUUUUUGCUUUUUCUUCUUAUUUUACAUGACAUUAUUCUGUUCAUCAAAUGAUAUCUACACUUUAGCAUAAAAUCAUGAUCAGAAAUUCUAUAUUCUAGGCAUAAAAAAUUCUUAGUAAUCAGCUAACUUGAUAACCAAGAUGUUUUCAUACUUUUGAAAGUAUAAACUAAGCAGACUUGAAGAAAGGAUAUGUUUCUUAGACAGUCUGUACUCAAACAUUUCUUUAUAUUUAUCCAAGCACUUCAUUUAUGUUUGCCAUGGCAUUAUCCAUUUGCUGAUACUAGUGUUUUUUAAUAUGGUUUACUGCUACAUUAUUUGUAGUCUUUCAUGUACAGAGCAUUAAUCACCUCUAUACACUUAAUAAAUUCAGUUAUUACAAAUCUUUAAACCUACAAUCUGUGUCAUUGCUUUCAUGUAUUUUUGUAAAUUGGAUUUGACUGAGGAGUUUGGUACUUCAUUGUAUGUGUAUAUGCAGAUCUUUGUUGAUAUGAUAUAUGAUAUGAUGAUUCACGUAUUUGUAAUAUCUGACAUUGACAUUGUGAUUAGAGUUUAUUUGUAUGCAAACCAUUCCUUCAGAUGCAUUUAAAAAAAUCAGAGAAUCUAAACAGUGUGAACUGUAAGGUUAUAUUUUUUUUUCUCGCUGCAUUUUAUAAGAGUUAAACAUGUUUGAUGGUUAUAGCCUUAUGUACAUUUUGAUUACCUAGUUAUGUUGAGUGUGAAAUAUCAAAACUGUAUUUUCGUGCAUGCAGCAGGAGUUUUUUGGGGUGAACUCCAUAUGUAUGUAAUGCCACUGAAUAAACUGGUUUGAUGGUGUUC